UGGUGGAGUGGUGAAAAAAAGCGCGAUAAAACCUCUAUUGGCAACAUACACAAUGGGUUUUCCACGUAUAAUCAGUAAAAAUAAUAAAAUAUACACGAAAUUGGGCGAUUUCUGUUUGUCUGGAGAUGGCCAGCAGUUUUGGAUUGUGUGUCAUACGUGCCAAGAGGAGCUGCAGACACAAGAUAAAUUCUGGAAGCACAUACAGGAUGAGCAUAACUUUAUGCAUGGCGUUAGACAAGAACAAACACGUACAGCAGCCCAGGCAUAUAUGGAGGCAGCGGAAGCAGCCUCAAUGAUGCCUUUGCCAUUGUUCCGGAAGAUGAGUGUAAAUGAGCAGCAGCGAGAGGAUAGUAUGAGCCAGGAGGAUGAGGAUAUGCACAAGGAACCAAAAGACUAUACAGAGAUGAGGUCCCAUGAAGAUCCGAAUCAGUCAUCGGUGUCGAUUGAUAUUAAAUUGGAACCACAGUUAAGUCACCAAGGCCAGCAUCAACAGCAAGCACAGCAGCAGCAACAGCAUCACCAGCAGCAGCAACAACAGCAGCAGCAGGCACAACAGGAACAAGAACAAAUGCAACAGCAGCAGCAGCAACAACAACAACAGCAGCAACAUCAACAGACCCAACAAAUCGAAAUAAGUACACCGCUGAUGUAUCAAAUCCCGCAUGUCCAUGCACCACCGGUCAGUGCAUAUGCCGCCUUAGUACAACCCAAUUUAAAUUCGUUAAAUAUGUCCGUGGCUGCAGCAGCAGCGGCUGCCUCACAAGUGCCAACCUCAAUGGCCGCUCUUAUGCCCAUCAAAGAUGAAAUGAUCCAUAAUAAGGAGUCGGCCAAUAAUAGUACCACGGCUAGUGCCAGUAGUGCCAUGUCAUCGGAGGAUGGAGAACGUUGGUAUAUAUGUGACUUUGAAAAUUGUGGCCUGAAAUUUAAAUAUCAAUCGCGGCUCGAACUGCAUCGCAGUGUGCACAGUAAGGAAAGGAAAUUUUCGUGUGAAAUAUGCGGGGCCAGUUUUAAGCAGUCGUGCAAUUUGUCGACACAUCGGAAAAAGAAACAUGCCCUGAAGGGUACUGCCAAAAUGACAUUGGUGCCGCCGCAUCGUUUUUGAAAUCCAAUUAUGAAUUUUUUACAAUUUCCUUUUUAUUUUUGAAAAA